GCCGGAGCAGGUGGGAGCAUGACUCAGCACGUGGGUACGGAGCCGGGCUGAGUCAGCGGGAGGUACAUAAAGGCGGCGGCAGGUCCUGGGCCCUGUGUCUGGUCCCGAGUUCGAGGGUCCUGUUGCCGUGCCGGUAUGGAGUUCCCGGGGCUGGGCGAACACUGCUCGGAGCGCACCUGCAAGCAGCUGGACUUCCUUCCUCUGAAAUGUGAUGCCUGUGGGGAGGUCUUCUGUAAAGAUCACAUCCGUUAUGAUGACCACAAGUGUAGCUCUGCCUACAAGAAAAAUGUGCAGGUUCCAGUGUGUCCACUCUGUAAUGCACCCAUCCCUGUAAAGAAGGGGGAAAUACCAGAUAUCGUGGUUGGAGCCCACAUGGAUAAGGACUGCAAAUACAACCCAGCACAGCAAAGGCAAAAGAUCUUCACAAACAAGUGCUUAAAGCCAGGCUGCAAAAGGAAAGAAAUGAUGAAGGUUGUUUGUGAACAGUGUGGUGGUAACUUCUGCAUAAAACAUCGGCAUCCUCUGGAUCAUGAGUGUAAAGGCAGCAGCCACCCCAUCUCCAAGGCAGGAUAUGCUGCUCUGAUGAGAGCUUCUCAAACUGCCUUCAAGUCAAUGGGAGCAAUGGGAGUGCCAUCUAAUGGGAGUCUGCAGCACAACAGGUACAGGCUGUAGAAGGAAAGACAAACAUCGUUUAAAAAUAGUCUUGUGUCAACAUGGUGUAGGAGUACUGCUGUCAUACCUCUAACUGCUCUAGAGUUGGUCACCUUUGGUUGGUGUUGAGAAUGUAGUAGAGGGGUUCUGAUAGCAUAAUUGAAUAUUUAUUUGUCCAUCCUGUAGUGCUUACAGUAGCUAUAUUGACAGAAGCAUUAGGACAUCAAAUUGUUGUAAUGGGAGGUUGGUCUUCUACCUGCUCCAUGUGAGGCUUGGUCAAGUUCUGGAAAAAUGGUGU